AUGCAUGAGCGCACCUAAGACCGGUCAUAUUAAUUGAUUACCUGAGCCAUUUGCAAUUGCCAACCAGGCGUUGACAAGAUGUUUCUUGUUGACUAACGGUAAACAUGCAUACGCAGAUUAACCCAACGUCACUACAAGCACAUUCAGACCCCUGUCGAUAGCACGCGCCCCAGUGCAAGUCAGUGGAAUAAUCAAUAUAAAAGCAACAAAUACAACAACAAGAAGCGCAACAGCAGCAACAACUGCACCCCCACAAUUGAUAGACGGAAAUGAUGUGGGCCAGUGAUAAGCAAUAAUAGGUCCAGCCUUCAGGGGCGCAGUGUAUGAAAACAAACGGCAUUCCAGCACUAGGGAAAGUGAGGAACAGCACCCAACACCACCAACAUUUCUAAACCCACGCACCCACCGCACUUGCGAAGGACAAGUAUUUUGAUUGCAUUUUGUGCCGCCCCAAUACCGUCGUGAAAAUGUCACGGGAGGAACGCACACCAAUUGUUGACUCUUCGAGCAGCAGUAGCGGCGAUGAGAAACCUGUUGUGCGUAGGCGUAGCACACGCGAUACGGAAUUGGCCCCACCCCCUGGUGCGGGUGGCUGCUGCGAUCCUACAAGCAUGCCGCAUCGUUUCCUGGCCUUGCUUUUUAUGUGCCUCCUGGGCUUUGGUUCCUAUUUUUGUUAUGACAACCCAGCCGCCUUGCAGGAUGUCUUUAAGAAGGAGAUGGACUUGAAUGCCACAGAAUUUACACUUAUCUACUCCAUUUAUUCUUGGCCAAACAUUGUGUUGUGCUUCGUGGGUGGUUUUCUGAUUGAUCGUGUCUUUGGGAUACGCCUGGGCACUAUUAUCUAUAUGUUGAUAGUGCUGUUGGGUCAGCUAAUUUUUGCAGCUGGUGGUCUGCUUGGAAAGUUUUGGCUUAUGAUUGCAGGACGCUUUGUGUUUGGCAUUGGUGCCGAGUCCCUCGCUGUGGCUCAAAACAAUUAUGCUGUGCUGUGGUUUAAGGGCAAGGAGUUAAAUAUGGUAUUUGGGCUGCAACUUUCGGUGGCGCGUUUUGGAAGCACGGUCAACUUUUGGGUAAUGCAGCCUCUGUAUGGAUAUGUGUCAAAGUUUUAUACUGGCUACACGGCAUUAGGUGUGGUGCUUUUCCUGGCGGCCAGCACCUGUGUCAUGUCCUUGCUUUGCACGUUAAUUUUGGGCUGGAUGGACAAGCGUGCGGAACGUAUACUCAAGCGCAAUACCAAUCCCGGUGGAGAAAUUGCCAAGCUCAGCGAUGUUGUCACUUUUAAGCUGGAUUUCUGGAUGGUCUCUGUGGUCUGCGUUGCCUACUAUGUGGCCAUAUUUCCGUUCAUAGCGCUGGGGCAGGCCUUCUUCAUAAAGCAUUUUCUAAUGACGCCAGAGGAGGCUAACAAUGUAAACUCUGUGGUCUAUCUGAUCUCAGCCAUUGCCUCGCCGUUAUUUGGUUUUGUCAUUGAUAAGUACGGACGUAAUGUUACUUGCGUAUUUCUGGCCACAGUCUCUACACUCGUAUCCCAUCUGAUGUUAACCUUCACGGAAUGGAAUCCAUAUAUUGCUAUGGCUAUCAUGGGUCUGUCUUACUCAAUGCUUGCGGCUAGUCUGUGGCCCUUGGUAUCCUUGAUUGUACCUGAAUAUCAGCUGGGUACGGCUUAUGGAUUCUGCCAAUCGGUACAAAAUCUGGGCUUAGCCGUCGUCACCGUUGUUGCUGGCAUAAUUGUGGAUAGCAGUGAUGGUAGCCACUUCUGGCUUCAGCUAUUCUUUAUGGGUUUUCUGCUUAUUUCUCUGGCGGCGACAUGCAUGAUCUGGGCCUACGAUCGCAAACACCAGGGCAACCUGAACAUGACUCCGGUGCAACGCGCCACAUAUCACACCUCCAUCUCAAGCCAACCUGUAACACUGGAUCGACGGCCUCUAUUGGGCAACUAA